GCAGAUGGCAUCAUAGAUCCAGUUUCAAGUGAUCCAAGUUGCUCAAAUUCAUAUAUUGCAGAGGCUAGGAAAGUUGUUGAAAUUAAAACAUCUAAGCAGUCUGAACCAGCUUCAAAUUCAUUGCUGGUAAAGGUUGACGGUCAAGUUAAAGGAAGGCCUUGGAGCAGGCUUGACAGACCUGUUGACAUGCAUUUUCGUGGUGUGCUUAACUGUAGCGAGUUGGUUGCAGCUGGGGUGCUAGAGAUGCAGCUAGCUGAUCAGGAUAAGCUUGUUGAACGAAUUAAAGACAGAAAGAAUGAACUGCAAGCUUUUGUUAAUGAAGUUAGCAUCAACCUUUUUGGAGAGAUACUGUCGCUUUGCAACUGAAAUAGAUAGGACAGUAAUAUUCGUAAGCCUUGCACAAAUAAAAAAGUGCCUCAAUGGUGACGGGGAUGACUUAACAGAAAAUGUCUACAAUAGUGAACUGCUAAAGCUGAAGAAGCUGUUGGAACCUAUUGUCAAACGAUUCAAAGAUGAAGAGGCUAGACCUCAAGCAACAAGGGAGCUUGUGCAAUGUAUAGUAGACAACACGUUGGCUGUAGAAUCAUGGCCAACACAUGAACGAGAUGCUGUCUGUAAUGAAUGUGAUAAAGCCGAACAAUGGCUUCGAGACAAAAUUCAAUUGCAGGAUUCUUUGCCCAUGAGCAGAGAUCCUGUGUUGUGGUCACAUGAAAUUAAAGAAAGGACUGCAUCAUUAGACGCAUCAUGCAGGCAGAUACUAAAGCAUAGAGCUCCUCCUUCUGGGUCUUGGGAUAUGCAAACAGAUUGAAUUGACACACAAAUGUGGAAAUUGCAUACACCUGCACUUCCAUGGGUUUUCCAUCUUGUAAAUUUAAAGCUUCCCCUGAGUUUGUUGGUCAUUUUGGUACAUUCGGCCCUUAUUUGAGGGGUGUAACUACUGUUACUGGUUAAUCAGGUAUGACUUUGCUUUCUUUGUUGACUAUUCAAU